AUGAUGGAAUAUAUUGAAGAUUCAAAUUCUAUUCAAAACAUUGAUUUAGUUUUAAUUUAUUCUGAUAAAUCUUUAAAAGUUGUAGGAACACAAGAGAUUGCUGACAAGUUUAAUAAUGAUUUAUCUCAUUAUGGUCAACAGAGUAUACUUGAUUCUCUCCGCGAUAAUUCAACUCAGAUUAAACAUGGAUAUAUGUCUAUCAAUAAUACAAAUUAUUAUUCACAGAUCGAUUUUCAGACUGUUCAAUAUUUUGAAGGAGAAAUACCAUGUCACGCAACUUUUGCCAGAAUAACUUCUUUAGAAAUUUAUGAUUAA